AUGUAUUUCACCCAAAUGCGAACUUGUAGUGAUAUCGAUAGUUCAUCUUAUAUGACUCAAGUUGUUAUUCCUACUUCGUUAUACUCGCAUGCUUCUGGUAUUAAGACACUCAAUGGGUCAAAUUUCUCCGAAUGGUAUGAACAAAUUCAAUUCACCUUGGGUUUUAUGGAUUUGGACCUAGCAUUGCUUACUGAAAAACCUGGAGAAAUAACGGAUGCUAACAGUGAGGAAGAAGUUAGCCUAAUUGAAGCCUGGACCAAAUCCAAUAGGCUUAGUAUUAUGCUUAUUAGAAUGACCGUUGCUAAUAACAUUAAGACUUCUCUUCCCGAGGUGGACAAUGCUAUGGAACUGUUAACGGCUAUUAAAGAACGCUUUAAAUCAGCGGACAAGUCGUUAGCAGGGACACUCAUGGCUGAAUUGACUACCAUGAAAUAUGGUGGUGAUAGGGGAAUUCAGGAACACAUCCUGAAUAUGACUGAUAAGGCUGCCAAACUUGGAGCUCUUGGCAUGAAAGUGGAAGAGUCCUUCAUUGUGCAAUUUAACCUUAACUCACUUCCAUCAAAGUUCGGCCCAUUCAAAAUCCACUAUAAUACUCAAAAAGAUAAGUGGAAUUUGAAUGAGCUGACUAGUAUGUGUAUUCAAGAGGAAGUGAGAUUAAAGCAGGAAGGAAAUCACUUUGGUAUAAAUUAUAUGGACUAA